CUGGAGGCGACGGAAGUGACGCCUGAAGCGCGCGACGCGCUGUCAGCCCGGGGCUUGCUGCCGGCGCGGUUGCGGGGCUCCGGAGGAAGCGAUGGAGGACCAUGAGUUAAUCGAAUACUUUAAGUCUCAGAUGAAAGGCGACCCUAACAUGGCCUCAGGAGUGGCUGCCAUCCGGACUUUGCUGGAGUUCUUGAAGAGAGACAAAGGAGAGACACUUCAGGGCCUGAGAGCGAAUCUCACACAUGCCAUAGAAAUCCUGUGUGGUGUGGACUCCUCGGUGGCCGUGUCCUCUGGCGGAGAGCUCUUCCUUCGCUUCAUCAGCCUCACCUCCCUGGAGUACUCUGAUUACUCCAAAUGUAAGAAGAUCAUGAUUGAGAGAGGAGAGAUUUUCCUCAGGAGAAUAUCCCUGUCAAGAAAUAAAAUUGCGGACCUGUGCCAUACUUUCAUCAAAGAUGGAGCGAGAAUUUUGACUCACGCCUACUCCAGAGUCGUCCUGAGGGUCCUGGAAGAAGCCGUGGCAGCCAAGAAGCGAUUCAGUGUGUAUAUCACGGAGUCUCAGCCUGAUCUGUCUGGGAAGAAAAUGGCCAAAGCCCUCUGUCACCUCAAUGUCCCUGUCACUGUGGUGCUGGAUGCUGCUGUUGGCUACAUCAUGGAGAAAGCAGAUCUUGUCAUAGUUGGUGCUGAAGGAGUGGUGGAGAACGGAGGAAUUAUUAACAAGAUCGGAACCAACCAGAUGGCUGUGUGUGCCAAAGCCCAAAACAAGCCCUUCUACGUGGUUGCAGAAAGUUUCAAAUUUGUACGGCUCUUCCCGCUCAACCAGCAAGACGUCCCAGACAAGUUUAAGUACAAGGCAGACACUCUGAAGUCUGUGCAGACGGGGCAGGACCUCAAAGAGGAACACCCAUGGGUCGACUACACGUCCCCGUCUUUGAUUACCCUGCUGUUCACGGACCUGGGUGUGCUGACACCAUCUGCUGUGAGCGAUGAACUCAUCAAGCUGUACCUAUGAGCAGAGUCCCUUCCUGCCCACUUGAGGGAGCACGUGUGCAUGGCUGCACAGGACGGCAGCCUCUCCACUCUGCAGCCAGGGGCCAGAACUGAAUCGGACUUUCAGAUUUGUAUGCAGAGGGUUCACAUCAGAAGUCCUGGAGGAUCCUUUCAACUCAGCUCUGUCAUAGCUGAAACACGUUCCCAGUUCUAGAACCAAGCUGAAGUUUCAGAAACUCACCGUCUCAGGAAGUACAAGUCAGAUGGCUGGCUGCAGCCCAGGGACGGACAGACAGCACACAAGUGGGGACUCUUCUCAUCCCACUGCAGGCUGGUUCGCAUCUGUGAAAGUGACGCAGGCCCCUCUGCAGUGACGACCACUGAGAACAGACACAUCGUGGAGUGCCUUACACAAAGAUUGCUUCUGGCUUCAGGGCUCCGUCUCCUCAGCAGGAUCAAGCCAGACAGAAAACCCACUGCAGGAGCCACAUUCACAUGACACUGCUUAUAGAACAUCUGGAACUUCUGUCUAUAAAACAACCUGAGUUUACUUUACACGUUUAGGUCCCAAACAGCUUUUGUAAAUUAAACAUGGAACAAAUCAGGAUCUUUACAAAUAAAUAUGAAAGAUUUGGA